ACUUCUUCCAUUUAAGAAUGAUGGAGGCCACUGUGUUCUUGGGGACCUUCAAUGCUGCAGAAAUGUUUUGAUACCCUUCCCCAGAUUCAUUUUACCUCAUGCCUUGGUUUUUGCUCUGACAUGCACUGUCAACAACUAACUAACUAACAAAUAUAGCCAGGUGUGUGCCUUUCCAAAUCAUGUCAAAUCAAUUGAAUUUACCACAGGUGGAAUACAAUCAAGUCGUAGAAUCAUCUCAAGGAUGAUCAAUGGAAACAGGAUGCACAUGAGCUCAAUUUCGAGUCUCAAAACAAAGGGUCUGAAUACUUACAUUUAAAAAAUCAUCUAAAAACCUGUUUUCACUUUGUCAUUAUGGGGCAUUGUGUGUAGAUUGAUGAGUCAAAAAUAUAAUGUAAUCAAUUUUAGAACAAGGCUGUAACACAACAAAAUUUGGAAGAAAGGAAGUGGUCUGAAUACUUUCCGAAUGCACUGUAGGUAUUUCUCUGUGUUCAAUAGAGAUUGUGUCAUCUGUGGAUCUGUUGGGGCGUUAAGCAAAUUGGAGUGGGCCUAGGGUGUCUGGGAUGAUGAUGUUGAUGUGUGCCAUGACCAGCCUUUCAAAGCAUUUCAUGGUUACAGAUGUGAGUGCAGUCAUUGCGGUAUUUAUUGGCUGGCAAAACUACCUCUAACUUCCUUAAUACUGCCUGUAAUCCUUGGCUUUUGGUGAGGGUACAUACAUAUGGUCACUGUGGGGACGACGUUGUCGAUACACUUAUUGAUGAAGUCCGUGACUGAUAUGGUAAACCCCUUAAUGUUAUCGGAUGAAUCCCUCAACAUAUUCCAGUCUGUGCUAGCGAAGAAGUCUUGUACCUUGUACCUUUUGUCAGACCAAUUCCGUACUGAGUGCGUCACUGGUAUUUCCUGUUUGAGUUUUUGAUUGUAAACAGGAAGGAGUAUGGAGUCAUGGCCUGGUUUGCCAAAGGGAGGGUCUUGUAUAUAUUUCUCUAGGUAGAGUAAAAGUUGUCCAGAUUGUUAGCGCCUCUUGUGGAGCAGGAGACAUAUUGGUAAAAGUGGGGUAAAAUGCAUUUUAGGUUUCCCAUGUUAAAGUCUCCGCCCACUGCCUCUGGGUGUGCAUUUUCUUGCUUGUUUAUGGCCCUGUACAGCUCUUUGAGUGCCUACUUAGUGCUAUUCUCGUUUUGUGGUGGGAUGUAGACAACAGUGAUGAUUACAGAUGAAAGCUCAGAAAGCGAUAGAUCUUGUUACCAAAGCCACAGAGGAGGAUAAGAACAAGAACUAUGAGGAGGCUUUGCGCCUUUACCAGCAUGCAGUGGAGUACUUCCUGCAUGCUAUCAAGUAUGAUGCACACAGUGACAAGGCAAAGGAGAGCAUACGUGGGAAGUGUAUGCAGUACCUAGACCGGGCAGAGAAACUCAAAGAUUACUUGAAGAACAAAGAAAAAGCAGGGAAGAAGCCUGUCAAGGAAGCACAGAGUAAUGAUAAGAGUGACAGUGACAGCGAGGGUGAAAAUCCAGAGAGAAAGAAACUGCAAGAGCAACUAAUGGGUGCCAUUGUAAUGGAAAAGCCCAAUGUCCGGUGGAACGAUGUGGCUGGACUAGAGGGUGCUAAGGAGGCCUUGAAGGAAGCCGUAAUCCUGCCCAUUAAAUUCCCUCACCUCUUCACAGGCAAACGCACUCCAUGGAGAGGGAUUCUUCUCUUUGGACCCCCUGGGACGGGAAAGUCUUACCUGGCCAAAGCAGUAGCCACAGAAGCCAACAACUCCACCUUCUUCUCUGUGUCAUCAUCAGACCUCAUGUCCAAGUGGCUUGGAGAGAGUGAGAAACUGGUGAAGAACCUGUUUGAUCUUGCCCGCCAGCACAAGCCCUCCAUCAUCUUUAUUGAUGAGGUGGACUCACUCUGUGGCUCCAGGAAUGAGAAUGAGAGUGAGGCUGCCCGGCGGAUCAAGACAGAGUUCCUGGUGCAGAUGCAAGGUGUGGGCAACAACAAUGAUGGAAUCCUUACCCUUGGGGCCACUAACAUUCCCUGGGUUCUGGAUGCUGCCAUCCGCAGAAGGUUUGAGAAGCGUAUCUACAUCCCUCUCCCAGAGGAGCCUGCUAGGUCCCAGAUGUUCCGUCUGCACCUGGGCAACACGCCCCACAGCCUGAGUGACGCAGACCUUCGUCAGCUUGCCAAAAAGACAGAAGGCUACUCUGGGGCUGACAUCAGCAUCAUUGUACGAGAUGCCCUCAUGCAGCCUGUCAGGAAAGUGCAGUCAGCCACACACUUCAAAAAGGUGCGAGGGGCGUCCCGUGCCAACAGUCAAUUGAUGGUGGAUGACCUUCUGACCCCGUGUUCGCCUGGGGACCCGGCUGCCAUAGAGAUGACCUGGAUGGAAGUGCCUAGCGACAAGCUGCUGGAGCCCAUCGUCUGCAUGUCUGACAUGCUGCGGUCCCUGUCCACCACGCGCCCCACAGUCAACACGGAGGACUUGUUCAAGGUCAGGAAGUUCACAGAGGACUUUGGACAGGAGGGUUGAGAGAGCCUUGUCAUCUGGAGCUUAACAACUCCUUACCCUGUGUGGUGGAAAUUAAAUAUUAAUUACAUACUAUACUGUUUAAUUAGACAUACUAUGCUGUUUUACCUAGAGAUUUGUCUAUUGUUAUAUGUUCGUAUUUUUACUGAUACAGACUUGUCUUGUGUGACUUAGUGGGAAGUGCAGGGAGGAACAGAGAGUGGUGGCGAUAUCAGCUAUCUUGAUCUACACAGACAAGCUAAAUUACAUUUUAUAUCUCUGUUCCCCGGGCCUGUUUCUGCACAUCUGCUAAACUGCCACAUAGACAAAAUAGGUUGCACUUUUUCUAUGAGAGGAGAGAUACAACUCUGUUCAUUGCGCUUUCCUAACGAUGCACUGAUUGAGUGGUUGUUAUUGAUUGCUUCAUUUUGGCUAAUCUUAUAAUGAAGUUGAAGAAUACAGUCUCUCUCCUUUUGGUUAGAAUUACCACCACACCUGCCACUUCUUCUCUCAAGCCCCAUGCAUGAUGGAGCAUUUUAACUUCAUGUACAGUAUAUUCUUUCCCUCCGAUCAUUCACUAUUGCAGUCCUGAAGACAGAAAGACUAUUUAUUUCUCUGCCAUUUUGCACUUUUUAAGUUAUUUGAAGUUAAUAAUUAUGAACGAGAGGUAUUGAAGCACUUUUGAACAAUUACAUAUUUCAUUGUUUUCUUGUCUCUCGUGUGUAAGUGCAUACAUGUCUUUUAUUCAAUGUGUCAGUCUUAAUGUAUGUCUUUUAUGUGCAUGAUUUCUCUGUUUGCUUUUUCAUUUAUUGAGUUUUGACUGACCGUAGCUGCUCCAGUGUUGCCACCUCUCCCAAUCCCCACUAGAGCUGUCCCUAUGUUACAAAUAGUGUUACUUACACUAUUUAUGAUUAUUUAUUUUAUUAUAUUUCAUCUCGUCAAGAUUUUUGUGUUGACUGACUGAGUACAGUUGUUGAGUGGGGGAGGCGUUUACAUUUUAGUAUUUCUCUGUUGACAUGUGAGUGAAGAUGGGGACGAGCAUUUUUGUAUUUCUGGAUUUGAACAUUGAAAAUAAUAUUUCUACGACAGACACUAUCAUAUUGUUCCAAUACUGUUGUCAUAAUAGUAUUGCCGUGUCUCUGUGUAGAUGGGGGUAUCGGUUCAGUAAUACUUAAGUCAGUUCUGGUCCCAAGGGGAUCUCACUCCUGUUACAUGUAGCUAUGAUAACCAAGUUACCCUGACUUAAUAUAUCCUGAAUUCAAAAAGAACAAGAUGUGCUUUUCAUGAUUCAAUUGUAACUUCUUAUUAUCCCCUUUAUAAUAUAGAUCACCGGCUAAUAUUUACACCCUUUCCUUAUUAAUUUCUAGACAUAUUUUUGUCCACAACUUUUUAAUCAAGUAAUAAUUAAAUAAAUACACACUGACUGCUUUUCCAAUUGAUGUGAACAUUCCACACAAAUAUUCAUUUAAAAAAGUUUAUUAUAACUAAACUACAAUAUUCAAAGGAUUAAAAAUGGAUAUAUACACAUGAAUAAAGCAUAACAAAUCCUCUUGGUUACUUGAACCUCACUGUCAAAGGUUAACCAACAUCCAUUCAAACAAAGCAAUGUUGGUGAAUUCAAUUUAACCUAUCAUGUUAAUCACAUACUUUGGGGUAUUCAAACACAAAAUAAAACUUAAGGCUGAACUGUGGAAUAAUUGAAAGCUUAAUAUUACCAAGUGGUGUAAAGUACUUAAGUAAAAAAUACUUUAAAGUACUACUUAAGUCGUUUUUUUGGGGGGGGGUGGGAUCUGUACUUUACUUUUUAUAUUUUUGACAAUUUUUACUACAUUCCUAAAGAAAACUCCAUACAUAUUUACUCCAUACAUAUUCCCUGACACCCAAAUGUACUCGUUACAUUUUGAAUGCUUAGCAGGACAGGAAAAUUGUCCAAUUCACACACACUUAUCAAUAUAACAUCCCUGGUCAUCCCUACUGCCUCUGACCUGGCAGACUUACUAAACACAAAUGCUUAGUUUGUAAAUUAUGUCUGAGUGUUGUAGUGUGCCCCUGGCUAUACGUCAAUAUAAAAUAAAAAUACAUUUUUUUAAA